GCACUUUCCGGAUGCGGAAGUGAUUUGCAGCUGUCAAACAGAUUUUUUUGUAAAAUCAGCUUCAGCUCGCGGCCGAAAGACCAAAAAACUCACUAACUUACUUGAAAAUGGACUCUCCUCGCUGGCUGCCCCUGGAGUCGAAUCCAGAAGUCAUGACAAAGUUUGUCAAUUGUUUGGGUAUGAAGCCAACCUGGCAAUUCGGAGACGUUUAUGGAUUGGACCCAGAGCUUCUCGGCAUCGUACCAAGACCCGUGUGUGCAGUGCUGCUCCUCUUCCCAGUGACAGAGAAGUAUGAGGCGUUCAAGCAAGAAGAGGAGGAGAAACUGAAGGACCAGCGACAGGAGAUCUCUCCUGACGUCUACUUCAUCAAGCAAACCAUCGGUAAUGCCUGUGGAACGAUAGGGUUGAUCCACGCAGUGGCGAACAACCAGCAACACCUGGAAUUCGAUGGCAAUUCUGCCCUGAAGACGUUUCUUGACAAAACCACUAAAAUGACCCCAAAGGAAAGGGCCGCCUUCCUGGAAAAAGAUGAGAGUAUACGUGUCACACACGAGUCGAGUGCACAAGAGGGACAGACUGAGGCUCCAAGUUUAGAUGACAAAGUCAAUCUGCAUUUUAUAGCUUUUGUGAAUGUCGGAGGGCAGUUAUACGAACUGGAUGGACGGAAGCCUUUCCCCAUUAUCCACAGUAAAACUUCGGAAGAUACUUUUCUGGAGGAUGCUGUAGAGGUUUGUAAGGUCUUCAUGGCUCGGGACCCGCAGGAGGUUCGUUUCACCAUCAUUGCCCUUUCCAAAGAUUCAGACUGAGGACACUCCCUUGUGGCCAGAGAAAAAACAUUACUGCCAAACAUUCUCAAGUGCUGACUUUAUUGGAAAAUUAUUUUUUUCUUCUUCUUCAGAGUACUUAAGAAAGGCAUGUGGGGGAAACUGUAAAAAAAAAAAAAAAUUUAAAAAAAUCAGGGAUUUCAUUCUAAAGAAAUGUUCCACUUUUUGUUACGGAUUAUUUGUUGUGCAUUCAAUGUAAUUGAAAGACAAUUUAGGUGCUGCUGUGCAAAUUACUCAAAGUAAUUCUUGCUACGAUAAAAAUCUUCCCGUUCUUUAACAUCUCUAACUGUAAUACAGACAUCAGCUGCACUUACACUGCACUAAAGUGUGUUUACUGUACAUGGCAUGUUUGGAUUUAAAUUGACGAAGAAAAUUUAAGAUUUCAUUUCAUUUCAUCAUGACCGAGGGAAUUGAACUUCUUUUAUUCUGGGUUCAAAGAUACAUUCUGAAUGCAGUGAUUUGGUUUUGAUCAUAUCUAUCUAACAACAUGGUCAGGAACAUGUUUUGCAAGGCUUUAAUUUCAGUGAUGGCUUUGAGGAAAUACGAAAAACAGAUGAGGCUUAAUGCUGCUUUUUGCGUUAAUGGUAUUACUAAAAGGUAAAAAACAAGACAAAAUUAUUUCCCUGACGUGAGAAAUUCUCACUGAUCAUCUGUGUGGUAGGUGCCUACAUUUUUGUAAUAAGAAUUAGAAAUUCUGUCAAAUAAAAGGAACAUUUAUUAA